CGGGCCGGGCCCCCCCCAGCCGGGAAGCCAUGCUGCGGGUGCUGGACGCCGGCGUGGAGCAGUGCCUGGCGCUGCACUCGACCUACAUCCCUGUGCCACCGUGCCACAGGAAGCUCUCGGGCAAGGCAGGCAUCGAUGAGGUGAUGGCAGCCACGGUGCUCACCAGCCUCUCCACCAGCCCUCUGGUGCUUGGUCACCCACCAGCCACCCCUGCCCCAGAGCCGGGUGGUGAGGUCUGGAAGGAGCUGCCUGCCAUGUCCUCCAGCUGCAGCAGCAGCAGCAACACCAGCGGGGACUGGAGCUGGGACCCCCCCAGUGACCGCUCCACGCCCUCCACCCCCUCACCUCCGCUCUCCAGCCACGUGCCCAGCACCUUCCUGCCCGCCCCGCUGCCCGACGAGGAGCCUGACGGCGCCCACUUCGUCUUUGGGGAGGCCAUCCCGAGGAAGAGGAAGAACUCCACCAAGGUGAUGUUCAAGUGCUUGUGGAAGAGCUGCGGCAAGGUCCUCAGCAGCUCCUCAGGGAUGCAGAAGCACAUCCGAACCCUGCACCUUGGCCGCAGAGCCGACCCGGAGCAGAGCGAUGGGGAGGAGGACUUCUACUACACGGAGCUGGACGUGGACGUGGAGUCGCUGACGGAUGGGCUGUCCAGCCUCACCCCCGUCUCGCCCACCUCCUCGGUGCCGCCCGCCUUCCCCGGCCCCGAGGCGCCGCCGCCCAGCCCCCACCCGGCGCUGCUGUCGCCCUGCAGCCCCGCGGCUCCCCCCGGCCUCUGCCACGUCCACACCGACCACGCGUACCAGGGCUGCCCAACCCCACCGCGGCCACCAGUGCCCCCUGCCGCCGCUCUGGCCCCACCGCCACCUAAGCCACCAACCAUUCCCAGGAGGCCGCGGGGGGAGGCCAAGAAGUGCCGCAAGGUGUACGGCAUGGAGAACCGCGAGAUGUGGUGCACGGCCUGCCGCUGGAAGAAGGCCUGCCAGCGCUUCCUCGACUGACCGCUGCCGUGCCAGGGGUGCCAGCGGUGCCAGGGGUGCUGCCAGCGCUUCCUCGACUGACCGCUGCCGUGCCAGGGGUGCCAGCGGUGCCAGGGGUGCUGCCAGCGCUUCCUCGACUGACCGCUGCCGUGCCAGGGGUGCCAGCGGUGCCAGGGGUGCUGCCAGCGCUUCCUCGACUGACCGCUGCCGUGCCAGGGGUGCCAGCGGUGCCAGGGGUGCUGCCAGCGCUUCCUCGACUGACCGCUGCCGUGCCAGGGGUGCCAGGGGUGCUGCCAGCGCUUCCUCGACUGACCGCUGCCGUGCCAGGGGUGCCAGCGGUG